GCCGGGGGCGGGGCCGCGGCAGGAAGCGGCCGGAGCGGCGCUGGGAGCGGCCUGGGCCCGGCGAAGCCCGGCCGGCCUCGGGUGCCAUGGCCUCGCGGCUCCUGCACCGGCUGCGGCACGCCCUGGCCGGCGACAACCCGGGGGAGGCGGCGACCGGCCCGGAGGCCGAGCAGUUCCCUGAGAGCUCGGAGCUGGAGGACGACGACGCCGAGGGCCUGUCCUCCCGCCUCAGCGGCACCCUCAGCUUCACUAGCGCCGAGGACGAAGAGGACGACGACGAGGAGGACGACGGGGAGGUUGGCCCCGACCCGCUGCCCUCUGGGGACGGGGCGUCGGGAGAAGAUGCAGAUCGGAGCCUCCCACCUGAUGGACAGCGGGGCAGUCAGCCCCUGGCAAGGCAGUUGCAGGAUUUCUGGAAGAAGUCCCGCAACACUCUGGUGCCCCAGCGGCUGCUCUUCGAGGUGACCAGCGCUAACGUAGUCAAGGAUCCACCCUCCAAGUACGUGCUCUACACCCUCGCCGUGAUGGGUCCAGGGCCACCUGAUUGCCAGCCUGCCCAGAUCUCUCGCCGCUACUCGGACUUUGAGCGGCUACACCGAAACCUGCAGCGACAGUUCCGGGGCUCCAUGGCCGCCAUCUCAUUCCCCCGGAAGCGCCUGCGCCGGAAUUUUACGGCAGAGACCAUCGCCCGCCGCAGCCGGGCCUUCGAGCAGUUUUUGAGCCACCUGCAGGCAGUGCCUGAGUUGCGCCUUGCCCCAGACCUGCAGGACUUCUUCGUACUGCCCGAGCUGCAGCGGGCCCAGAGCCUCACCUGCACCGGCCUCUAUCAUGAGGCUCUGGCGCUCUGGGCCAACGCCUGGCAGCUGCAGACCCAGCUAGGCACCCCCUUGGGCCCAGACCGACCUCUGCUGACCCUGGCUGGGCUGGCUGUGUGCCACCAGGAGCUGGAAGAUCCUGGGGAAGCCCGGGCAUGCUGUGAGAGGGCCUUGCAACUGCUGGGGGACAAGAACCCCCACCCUCUGUUGGCACCCUUUCUGGAGGCCCACGUCCGGCUCUCCUGGCGCCUGGGCCUGGACAAACGCCAAUCAGAGGCCCGGCUCCAGGCCCUGCAGGAGGCAGGCCUGACCCCCACGCCACCCCCCAGUCUCAAAGAAUUGCUCAUCAAGGAGGUACUGGACUGACUUUGCCUAGACUUCAGGCCACUGUGGGGAGAGGCACCGCCCCGGGAUGGAGGGUGGGGGUGAGCAAGGAGGACAUGAAUAGCAGUUGGGAAGCUGUAGGGGGUGCUGGGAACCCCUAGAAGCCCUAUGAAGGAUUUGUAGCACACCAAGGAACCAUGUUCCUUCUGUCGAGCUGGGCUCAGGACAAGUUUGGCCGGGGUUGCCCUGGGGUGGUGUAGGGAGCAAGUCUGAU